UUAAAACUGGCAAUUGCUGAUAAAAUCAGAAGAAAAUUAGAUGAUAUAAAGAAAACACAUCUGCUCUCAGAAACCACCGCUAAUCCAUUUGCUUACAGAAUGUUUAUGAAGCUUUUACCUGAAAUUAAGAACGGGAAACGUAUUAAUUUUUUGUCUUUAUGGGUAAAGAUAGUAAUGAACGUUGAACAAGAAAGAAUGAGACAGAAAAUCAAACCGUUGGAUAGUGAUAAAAUAGCAUUUUUAAUUUAUGAAGAACUGUUAAAUGUUCCAGAAUAUGUGCAU